AAAUAGUCGAAAUAUCACGCACGUUUGGCAACUCAAGUAUCAACAUACAGGUCCUUCAUUCAAAAGUUUGGAUUGUUUGGUCUGACAGAAAAAAAGUUUAUUUUAUUUACAAUGGAUGAAACAAGAGAGGAGUUGGAUCGUACCUUAGCCCGUUUGGAGGCUGUUUGGGACGACAUUGGUCUGAACGAAGAACAGCGCAAAGAACGGCGUCAUCAUUUUAAUGGUCACAUUGUAAACUUGUGUGAAAAAAUAAUUGAUGAUGAAACAGCUUUAAAAACAAGAAUCACAAACAACAUUGAACGUAAUACUCAGGAGAUCCUUAAACUAAGUGAGGGUCUUGGAGUGGUCCCAGAAGAUGCUGUGGACGGUCUGACGUUACUAGAAUUGGACACAUUACUUCAAGAGAGAGUGGAUCACCUUCUACAGCUGAAGGAACAACGGGUGGACACUCUCAAGCUUUUGCAAGAAAAGGACGAAGGAAUCUGUGAAUUGCUUUGUGAGACUCCAUAUUACGUUCCUGCUGGCUUGAUCCCAUCACUCGAAGAUAUAAAGAGUGUUGAAGAUCAUGUGAAAACAAUGGAAACAGAGAAGGAAGAACGAGAGAAGAGUUUUCGGACCCUGAAGGCAGGAAUACUGAAAUUCCUAGAGCUUUUAGAACAGCCACCAGAAGAUUCUUUCUGCCAAGAUAUCAUUUGCUCUGAAGAUGAUGAUUUCCCUCUGGGGAAAGCAUAUUUGCAGCAGAUGAGGGGUGUUCACAGUGACCUUGAGUUCCGCGUCCAUGAAUGCGAAGUGAAAUCAUUAGAGCUUCGUGAGAAAAUCAGCUGGCUGUGGAUUGCCUUAGAAAUACCAUUAGAAGAACAGCAGGCUUUCCUCUCCACGGCACCUAAGCACACACCAUCAAAUAUUGCGAAGCUGGAGGAAGAGCUGGAGAAACUCAGGUUGCUGCGCCUUCAAAAUUUGUCAGUAUUCAUAGAGAAGCUUCAAGAAGAACUGGCUACUUGGUGGGAGAAGUGCUAUGUUGGAGAGGAGGAGAGGAAGAAGUUUCUGGAUCAGCAGCCAG